AUGCACCGGGCGAGGACUUCUGCCGGCCGCCGCUGCCGCCGCCAUUUUGCGGCCGCUCGGAAGGCAGCGGAAGAAGACGUCGCCAUGGAGAGCGAUGACAGUGGAAAUCGGCUCCGGUUUCAGCUGGAGCUGGAGUUUGUGCAGUGCCUGGCGAAUCCCAAUUAUCUCAACUUUCUGGCUCAGAGAGGAUACUUCAAAGAAAAGGCGUUCGUAAACUAUCUGAAGUACCUGCUGUACUGGAAAGAACCAGAGUAUGCCAAAUAUCUAAAGUACCCCCAGUGCCUGCACAUGCUAGAGCUGCUUCAGUACGAGCACUUCCGCAAAGAGCUGGUGAAUGCCCAGUGUGCCAAAUUCAUUGACGAGCAGCAGAUCCUGCACUGGCAGCAUUAUUCCCGCAAGCGGAUGCGUCUCCAGCAGGCCCUGGCCGAGCAGCAGCAGCAACAGCAGCAGCAGCAGCAAAACAGCACCUCUGUCAAGUGAGCCUUUUUGUCCCACAAAAGCCUCCCUGGCACUGGCGGAGUGGAGACGUGGCCGCUUUGGUUCGAUAGGGUUUGGCUUUCCAGAGACUGUACACCAGUGGCUUCUUUCAGCAGGGGGUCGGGUGUUGGAGAGUUUCUUCUCCAAAUUCCUGGGCAUGGCUGCUGUAUUUCCCGAAGCCCUGGUGGGGGAGUAGGGUGGGUGUUGAAAUGUGUGUUCGUUCACUGUGAUGUAGGGGCAGCUAGGUUGUUUUUCUUAGGAUAGUGGUUGUGGAUGGUGAUGGUUGCACAUUCCUAGAUUGUAAAAAGCCAGGAGCCUCAUUUGUGAGAUGGCUCUUCCUCCUGCUGCUGCAGCAGCUGCUCUUAGAUCUGGAAGAGAUCUCUGCUGUUUCAGCUUGCUCAUUAUUGGUGCGAAAAGCCACUAAUUUAACAUGGAAUCGGCAACUGAGAAUUACUUGUUGCUGUGCAGUGCAAAACCCCUUCUGCAGAAGGUUAGGUCUGUUCUGAAAGCGACUUACAUUUCUGCUUACAUCAGCUUGAUGGGGCUGUGAUAUGCUGAGGCACUGCUAGAAAAGCGCUUUCCACCAAUGCAGAGAUGCUGCUUGGUAGGCACUAGCGUUCCUGUCUAAUAGGAGAUAAACUGCAUUUACUGUUGGCCACAGCAUUCCUCUUAGGGGUUCGUUUAAAGUCCCACCAGCUUUGAAAUCUUUCUGUUUGAUUUCACUGGAACUUUUUCAUCCUUUUCUUCCCGUAUCUUCCCUGUUGCCACUAAGUUCCUUGACAGCAGAGACCUCUCUUCUUUAUAAUACCCUGUAUGGAACUCUGAAUUAUAAAUUGUGGCAACAAUCAGUGUUUCAGUUGGUGCCGUAUCCUGGGAUGGAAUGCUGUCAGCUUGCCUUCAGUCAAUGAGAGUGGCUUGGCGACCGAUUCUCACAAGAGGCUCAACAGCCUCUGCAGCAAGUUUCUGAUGUACCUCUUAAAUUACAACAAGUAUCUUGUUGGUGUUUUCUUCAAAGUCAGUAAAAGAAUGAAUUAUUCAAGCUUUA